GACGUGCGCUGCGGAGCAAGCGUGUGACAGCGUUCGAGUCAAUAAGACGAAUAUCGCCCGGAAUUAGAGGCAGAACUGGGACUAUUUCCUCCGCGACAACACCCGGCUCCUCCGCGGCAGCUUCCCUCCACUCACGCCGGGUUUACCCUCUCCCUGCUCGGCCCCUGGCUUGACACACGAAGCCUUCGAGGUUUGCCCCGGGAGCCUCGGCUGUUCUGCGGACUGGAAGCGGGUGGAAGACGGUUGACGAACGUGCCCCCGAGCGAGCAGCCUCCCCCCGUCCUAAGGCGAGUUUGAUUGCGUCAUGCCGCUGUUCGGUAAAUCCCACAAGAGUCCGGCGGACAUCGUCAGGAUCUUGAAGGAAAACCUGGCCACCCUGAUCAAACAGAAAGGAAAGACAGACAAGGCGUCGGAGGAGGUGAACAAGUGCUUGGUGUCCAUGAAGGAGAUCCUGUGCGGGAUCAACGACAAGGAGCCUCACACUGAGACCGUGGCCCAGCUCGCCCAGGAGCUGUACAACAGUGGCCUGCUGAUAUCGCUGGUGGAGAACCUGCAGGUCAUCGACUUUGAGAGGAAGAAGGACGUGUGUCAGAUCUUCAACAACAUCCUGAGGAGGCAGAUCGGGACGAGGAGCCCCACAGUCGAAUACCUCUGCUCCCACCAAGAGGUCCUCUUCACACUGCUGAGAGGGUACGAUACAUCCCAGGUAGCGCUGAACUGUGGGAUCAUGCUGCGGGAGUGCAUCCGCCAUGAGCCGCUCGCCAAGAUCAUCCUCCACUCGGAGGAUUUCCACAGUUUCUUCACCUACGUGGAGAUGUCCCCCUUCGACAUCGCCUCCGACGCCUUCGCCACCUUCAAGGAUCUCCUGACAAGACACAAAGUGCUUGUGGCCGAGUUCCUCGAACAGAACUACGAUGCUGUGUUUGUAAAUUAUGAGAAGCUGCUGAUCUCUGAGAACUACGUCACCAAGAGGCAGUCACUAAAGCUUCUGGGCGAGCUGUUGCUGGACAGGAAAAACUUCACGGUGAUGACGCGCUACAUCAGCAAACCGGAGAAUCUCAAGCUGAUGAUGAAUCUGCUCAGAGACAAGAGUUCCAACAUCCAGUUUGAGGCCUUCCACGUGUUUAAGGUUUUCGUAGCCAAUCCCAACAAGACGCAGCCCAUCAUCGACAUCCUGCUCAAGAACCAGACCAAGCUCAUCGACUUCCUGAGCAACUUCCAGAAGGACCGCUCCGACGACGAGCUGUUCAACAACGAGAAGACGUACAUAAUCAAACAGAUCAGGGAUCUGAAGAAGGCGGCCUCCUAGAGAAUUACCCCCCCCCGACUUUUUAUCCAUAGGAAGACUUAGAAAAAAAACACAUUAACAAUAAUCAUUAUUUUAUUUAAAAAGAAAAAAAUCUUCAAGACGUUAUUUGUCUUUUUUCUCUUUGUUGGUUCAUUAAAAAACGUGUGCAAGAGUAGUUCUCAAUCACUGAUUUUUUAUUUUUACUUUAAAUCUUUUUUUUUUUGUCAUCUGUAGCAUGUAGUGCCACAGCUUGUGGUGUCGGAGGCAGCUGAUUCGCAUGUUGGGAGAACCAGCGAUUUAAAAAUAAGGCUUUGGACAGAACGCUCGAGCGGCUUCCGAACAAGCAGGCGUGACCGUUUAUUUCUUUUCUUUGAAUCACCUGUCGCUGCAGCCGAGCUCCGUUCCCUACUGUUCAAAUGAAGUAGUUGCAAAUCAGAAGGAUAAUGAAGACUUUCUACUUUUCUUAUUUUCUUUCUAGCUGGGUCAACGUUUCUGGUCAGGAUUCCCCAGAGUGAAACACAUUCUCUUUAACCCCUAAAAGCUUUAUGAGCUAAAGAUUUUGACAUGAAUGCCCGUUACCUUCUGCUAGCUGAACACCUCUUUGUUAUUGCUCUGCCAAAUCCAACAAUUGCCUAAAUAAAUGUUUCUUUCUGAGACUAUAAAGCUUUGUCCGACAUGAAUACAACCAUGGAAUUAAAAAAAGUCUUCCAAAAGUUUAAAGUUGAGAAACGUGCUUCCCGAGGUCACCAAGCCUUGAUGCUUGCGUGCAAAAUAUUUUGCACGAGUGAAAUUUGCCUCUAAAUGGUCACAAUUAGCAGUUUACGAGACUCGAUCUGAGUUUAACAUUAAAUUGGCUGUUAAACGUGUCUUUUCAGUCAAACAUUAUUCUCUCCCGGCCUCAGAAGCAUUCGCCUGUGCCGAUCUAAUCGAUUUUACACAACUGAGAAUCCAGGCGUUCGCAGGCGGUUGCUUUCAGUCGCCGUCGGCCAAAGCUCGCAGAUGAAAAAAUCAUAAGGCUCAUUUGAAGACUCUUCUGAAAUAAGAGCCGUGAUGUUGGUCUGCUUUCGGUACAGCAAGCUUCAAUCAUUUUGAUCACUGGUUCUCUUCGCUGGUGGCUGGUAGCACUUUCUGUAUGAUAAAGAAAAAAUAAUAUGAUGAUUCUGGUGAACUGUUUGUGUUUUUGUUUUUCUUAAUCUUGAGCUGAUCACACUGCUUGAUGGCAUUUUUUUUAUAUAUAAAUAUAUAGCUCCGUUUCUUGUCAUGUACAGUUAAUGGUUUGCACAAGUGUCAUUGUGGGCAUGAACAUGGAGGAGGCACUUUGCUGUGUGGAGGAGAGGAGCUGUAAAGAUUUAAGUUUUCUCUGUGUUCUCGGAUCAGAUGUUGGUGUUUGAGUUAAACGGGCGAGAAGUUUCAGAGGUGCCUUUUUGGUUUGGUGUGUUUUCUCUUCUAUUUAUGUCUUGUUUUUAUUUCUUUCCUGUAUCUUUCCAGGGGGAGCUUAAUCACGUGGAUGAAAAUAUGCUCUGGGUGGAACAUAUUUGUUUUCGAUUAAGCAGUGAACCUCUUAACUCACUACGUUUGAGUUACGCUGUCCAAGAAUCUUGUUUAUUCAUAGCUGAUUGGUUGCCAUAGUGAGCGGAUAGACUAUUUCAGUUUUGCCAGCACGUGUGAAGUUUCGAGCUGCGAACCUUUUGCCGCAGAGUCGAUCUGUAACUGUGAAAAAUUCUCAUAUUGUUAAAGGAGAAGAAAAAAAAGCUAAAUCAGCAAGGAUUAAAACGCUACUGUGCCGUUUUUCAUUUUCUAUAAAAGUAAAGUAAAAUUUCCAAUUUAUUUCCUAAUCAAUAUUUGAUGUGCAUUAUCAUGAGGAAUAAAUAAAUAUGUCUUUUAAUUGGGACGCUUAUUAGUAAAUUUCAAACUGAAAUAAAGGCAGUAGGGGUGUAGGGUGACUAACAAUUUUGAACGUGUAAAGUGCCAUUUUCCUGUUUUUCCCAUGUGGCAUAAAAAAAAAAAAAAAUCCUUGUUCUUUCUUUUGGGUGAAAAAUAAACACAAUACCAGCUAUUUUUGGAUGUUUAAAAGUUGUGACAGUAUUUAUAUGACAUUAGAAUAUAACGCGUAGUAGAGCAACCAGCUGUACACCAGGCUUGAGCUCUUCCUUAUUUUUUUUUAUUUUUUUUUCAGUUUUACGGCUCAAACAAUUAAAAAAGCACGGUCAAGCAAAUCGUCACGUCGUCUGUCCUCUGAGAGCAGACACUUUCUUUUCCACACUGAUGCUACUGUACCACAUUCGCAGCAAAUAAAAGGAUUGGAAUGCA